GGAAAGAAGAAGUAAACGAAAGAUCCCGCCUGCAGCAGCCGGUGAAACUGCAGCCCUCUUGGGAAGAAAAUAAUUUAGCUGAAGACGAACUGAAUUUCAAAAAUUUAACCAUGGAUGAUGCGAGUCUACAAUUGAAUACUCCUCCGGAUAGGUACCAUUUGGUCUAUAUCACUUUUCUCAUACAUGGUAUUGGAGUAUUGAUGCCUUGGAAUAUGUUUAUCACUGCCAUUGAUUAUUUUACGAAAUAUAAGUUGGGAAAGACGUACAUAGGAUUUGUAUUUCCAUAUGCAGCUAAUUUUAUGCAAUUGCUAACGUUCUCAGCACAAGUUCCUAGCCUGUUAUUCAGUUGGAUGAAUAUUUUUGUACAAAUGGGAGGCAAUCUCACAACCAGAAUUGUGUGGAGUAUUGGUGUAGAAGUUGUUAUGUUUCUUAUAACAGUUAUUAUAGCCAUGUGUGAUACAAGUGCAAUACCGUAUGGAUUUUUUUGGAUUACAAUGAUAUGUGUUGUUCUGAUAAAUAGAUGGUGGAGGAAAGGUACGCUACAACAGCUGGUAUGUUUGCUGCCGCUGCUCUGGUGACAGGUAUAUUUUCUGGUAUCCUGACAUCAUUUCUGUGGCCUUGGAUAAUAACCCAUGUAGGUAACUAGCAGAAGUGUCUGGUGUAUGACACAGAAAAAGAAUUCGCCAUUAGAUUCAAUUUAUGAAAUGUUUUUUCUGGUCAUAUACCCUCGUUAUUUUCGUCAUGAGCAGUACAUUGACUAGAAGUAGAAAAUCAAGAAACGCAAUCAUCCAAUCAUCGUUCUUCCAAUGAAGUUGGAUAGUUUUUGUUUACAAUUCAUCGUCAUGAAUCUUUGUGAGUUGUUUUUUCGUUUAUUGUUAAUGACACAUUUGAGUACCAAAUAUUUUGUUAUAAUGUUAUGCUUAAAAUGUUUUGACUUGUUAGUUCCUAGUUUUUACAUAAUAUUUGAAUUCAACAUUAUUACGGUUUAUAGUAUAUACGAAGUCAAUUUGAACGAAUAUUACUGGAGUUUUAUCCCAACACUAAACCGUUAUUUCCAACACCUCGACACGUGUUUCGAUCACCAAUUGGUCAUCUUCACUAGGAAGAUUAAAUAAUUCAAGUGGCAUGAAAACUAAGUGGUUACCGAAUGCCGGCAGUUUCUUUGUAUGGCAUGGGCGGCGUGAUAUAAUUUUUUGUCAAAUCGUUAUUUUUAUGUAGGAGGUUUUA